ACAGUAGCACACUCACCCCCUCUUCUCCAACAUUUUUUAUGCAACCACAUGCAUGUUUCACACUCACCCCCACCCUUAUUCUUUAGUUCCUGCGACCUGGUUCUUAGUUUCUUACUCAUCAGAGCCAAAACCCCUACUGUUUCCCUUUAAGACCCCCCCUCUCUCUCUUUCCGCAGAAUAUCAGGUGUGCUUUUGAUCUUCAAUGGCGCUUAUGCUAGACAACUGUGAAGGCAUAUUGCUGUCACUAGACUCCCACAAAUCGGUCCCAGCUCCAUUUCUUACCAAAACCUACCAAUUAGUUGAUGAUCCCACCACCGACCACAUAGUCUCUUGGGGUGAAGAUGAUACAACUUUCGUUGUUUGGAGACCGCCUGAGUUCGCCCGAGAUCUCCUCCCUAACUAUUUCAAGCAUAACAACUUCUCUAGCUUUGUCAGGCAACUCAAUACCUAUGGUUUUAGGAAGGUUGUACCUGACAGAUGGGAGUUCGCAAAUGAGUUUUUCAAAAAAGGAGAGAAGCAUUUGCUCUGCGAAAUCCAUAGAAGAAAAACAGCUCAGCCACAAGUAGCUUUCAAUCACCACCACCAUCACCACCCACAUUCUCCGCUUGGCGUUAACGGACCCAGUUUCUUUCCAUUUACAAGCCGAGUUAGCAUCUCGCCAUCUGAAUCUGAUGAACAACCCAACAACUGGUGUGACUCGCCGCCUCUCUCUUCACCGAGAGGAGGAGAGGCUAAUGCUUCAGUUAUUAAUGGUGGUGGAUACAACAGCUCUGUCACUGCCUUAUCAGAGGAUAAUGAGAGAUUAAGGAGAAGCAAUAAUAUGCUUAUGUCUGAGCUUGCACAAAUGAGAAAGCUUUACAAUGAUAUUAUCUAUUUUGUCCAAAAUCAUGUCAAGCCUGUGACUCCAAGCAAUUCCUACCCUUCUUCCUUGCUUCUUUGUGCCCCAACAUCUACUGCUCAUCCUUUUGCUUCUAACGGUUCCCUGGUACAAAAGCCUUUAAACCAGCUUCUUGGAUAUCACCCUCCUACUAACACUAAGCAAAUUCCUCAAGUUCAAGUUUUAAACUCUCCUAGCACCACUUCACAGAGCUCUUUGACAAUUCUUGAAGAUUCCAACGGCAAUGGCUGCAAAACGAAGUUGUUUGGUGUGCCUCUACAAUCCAAAAAAAGAUUGCACUCGGAGUAUGCUUCUAAUACGGGAAACAUGGAGUCUAGUAAGGCUCGUCUGUUGUUGGAUAAAGAUGAUUUAGUGUUGAAUCUCAUGCCCCCUUCAACAUGGUAGUUCCUCAAAUCCAUUGAAAGAUCUGAGGUUUUUGCCCUCUCUUCUUCUUCUUCUUUUCCCUCACUACCUUCAUUUAGAUAUUUCUCGUUCGAUUGCUAUGUUGUUCUUUAGAGUCUGAGAGUCUAAGAUGAUAGUGUUGAUUAAAUAUGUGUGUGCGUGCGUGUGUGCAUUUGUGACUCUGUACAUAAUUUUAGUGCCGGGGGUAUUAUCUUCUUUCCCCGUAGCCACAUGAAUGCUGGUGGGUUUUGGUUAGACUGAUGAUCAAAGAAAAUUUAAAGAUCACCAAAUCUUCCUCGAGAGAUUUCUCUUCGUUUUGGUUGGUGCAAUUUAUUGCCCUCUCGAUUAUCAGAUCUCUCUUUCCUCUUCUCCUUCUCUUUUCUGAAUUUGAUGCCUGUAUGCUUCAGUUACAUUAAUGCAAGAAUAGAGAGAGAAAGAAAGAGAGAGUCUUGAGUCUUGAA